AGAGAGGAGCAUCGCGGUGCAAAUUUUCUCCCGUUGGAGCUUUCUUUGGAGAGCACUGCCAGGCAGCAACGACUGGAAGCCAAGCAUGGCGGAGAACAAGUACAUCACGCUCAUCUCGGCCGAGGGGCACGAGUUUGUCGUCCUGCGCGAGGCGGCCCUCGUCAGCCCGACCAUCAAAGGUAUGCUGCGAGGCCCGUUCGUCGAGGCGCAGACCGGCCGCUGUCGCUUCGAGGAGAUCCCAAGCCCCGUCCUCGAGAAGGUGGUCGAGUACUUCCACUACUGGUACCGCUACCGGGACAAGGAGGACGUGCCGGACAUGGAGAUCCCCGUCGAGAUGUGCCUGGAGCUGCUGCAGGCGGCCGAUUUCUUCAACCUGGACGCGAUGCAGACACACAGAAACACCUUGUGAGGGUGAAGGUGUCACGGCUUGCUUUUCUCCGAGAGCGCGUCCGUUUUGAUUCUGCAACCGCGGCGUUGGUGCGGCGUGGGUAAAUAACACUGGCAAAUGGGGCGUUUUGGGGAACCGGCUCGGUCACGGGAGUGAAGGGGUCUGGCAUGGCAUCAGAAAUACCGGGCGAAGGCGGCGGCAGCUGCUAGGGA